CUUUUUUUAAAACAUUUUUAGAAUUAUCAUCUUUCUGACGUUUAAGGGUUUAGGAGAUUUGAUCUCCAAACCUUGUAGUUUAACGUUGGAUCAAUCCUUAAGUGAUAUAUGGCUAUCUUAACAAGGUCAAACCAGUGGAUAUGUUUGCUGGUUUUUUCUUUGGUUAUAUUGGUGCAUUCAAUAAGAACAGACGCUAGUGUUCCCACAUUUAUUUUAAAGAGUGCUGUUGAUGAAGGAGCAGUUUGUUUGGAUGGGAGUCCACCAGCAUAUAAUUGGGAUGCUGGGAAAGGUGAAGGUGCACGUAAUUGGCUACUUCACCUUCAAGGAGGCGGGUGGUGUUUGAAUAGUACUCUUUACCAGACAUUUGAUUAUAGCGUUCAAAAUUGUGCAACCCGCGUGUUUGCUUACCUUGGUUCUUCUCUCCACAUGCCGGCGGCCGAAAACUUAACGGGCAUAUUAAGUAGUGACCCCAAAAACAAUGCUUUCUACAACUGGAAUCGAGUCUUCAUUCGAUAUUGUGAUGGAGGGUCAUUUGCCGGGGAUGUUGAACAACCAGAUCCUGUUACUAAACAUUACUACAGAGGUGCAAGGAUUUUCAAUGCGGUUGUGAAGGAUUUGUUAGCCAAAGGAAUGAAAGAUGCAAAAAAUGUACUUCUUUCCGGCGGCUCAGCAGGAGGGUUGGGUUCAAUCAUACAUUGUGAUCGUUUUCGAGCUCUAUUUUCUAAGAACGUUAGAGUAAAAUGUCAUGCCGACGGUUCUCUCUUCCUUCGCGUGAAAAAUCCCGAGCAAGCAAAAUUCUUUGUUAAUGUUUUUCACAGUGUAGUUGACCUACAUAAACCUGACAAGGCAUUACCUGCGGAAUGCACUUCAAAAAUGAGUCCAUUUGAGUGCUUCUUCCCAAAAUCUUUGGUGCAAUAUGUGAAAUCUCCGAUGUACUUCCUCAAUUCGGCAUUUGAUUCAUUUCAGAUAAGAAAUACAUUUUCGGAAGAUUUGCAUGAUGCCAUUAAGAAUCACACCUUAAGUCCAAGUGAUGUGCCUAUGCUAAAAGAUUUCAGGCAACAGUUGCUAAGUGUAUUGCCCCCAAGUAGUGACAAAGGAUUUGUAAUUACUUCUCUCUUCGGACAUACCUUUUCUCUAACGGGCUUGAAGAAACCCAUGUUCGUCGACAAGAAAUCCGAGACGUUUGAGAGUGCACUUAUGGAUUGGUUCUUCGACCAACGUUCAGUGAAGAAGAUAGACCCAACAGAGGUACCAGUAUAUGUUCAACGCUAAAUUGUAGAGAAAUGGUAAAAGACAAUGUAUUGAAUAUUGUAUUGCGUUACUCAUCAUUUUACGGCAAUGAAUAAUAAAAAUCUUCUUUAAUUCAUUAUA